AGUGACGAGUUUCUCCUGCAAAACUUUUUCUGGAAUUUAUAAACAUUUGUGAAUAUUAAUACCGAUAUUUUGCAGUGUUUUUGGAAAGUCGAAUUACAUCUUCGCGAGUUUAAGAUAGUGAUUCAUUAACUACAUGACCAUGACGCAAAUUACCCAAGAGCAAAUCGUUUCAGACACGAAAACGGUACUGCAAGGUCUCGAAGCUCUACGUGUGGAACACCUCACCCUCAUAUCAAAUCUCACUGAUGGCAACAAAAAAGAUCCAGACAAGUCCGAAAUGGUUUUGCGCAAUAUGGAGAAUAUUGAGCUUGGACUUGGAGAAGCACAAGUAAUAGUCGUAUUGGCAUCUCAUUUGCAAAACAUUGAAGCAGAAAAACAAAAACUUCGUACUCAAGUCAGACGAUUGUGUCAGGAGAAUGCUUGGUUGCGCGAUGAACUUGCAAACACUCAGCAAAAACUGCAAGCAUCGGAACAAACCGUGGCACAAUUGGAAGAGGAGAAAAAGCAUCUUGAAUUUAUGGCAUCUGUAAAGAAAUAUGACGAAAACCAAGAUGGCGAAGAAAGUUUUGAAAAACCUCGUACCGACCCGGUAGUGGAACUAUUUCCGGAGGAUGACGCAGAGGAACGGCAUAAUAUGUCCCCAACUCCUCCAAACCAAUUUGCUAACCACGCGAAUGCUGGCUAUGAAAUUCCUGCUCGCUUACGAACAUUGCAUAAUUUAGUUAUACAGUAUGCUUCUCAAGGACGAUACGAAGUAGCGGUUCCGCUCUGCAAACAGGCUUUAGAAGAUCUGGAAAAAACCAGUGGACACGAUCAUCCGGAUGUCGCUACAAUGCUGAACAUUUUGGCGUUAGUAUACAGAGACCAGAAUAAAUAUAAAGAAGCAGCAAACCUGUUAAAUGAUGCAUUAGCGAUACGAGAGAAAACAUUGGGCGAGAAUCAUCCAGCCGUGGCAGCGACUCUUAAUAACCUUGCUGUGCUGUAUGGCAAGCGUGGUAAAUACAAAGACGCUGAGCCACUGUGCAAGAGAGCUCUGGAAAUCCGAGAAAAUGUAUUAGGAAAAAAUCAUCCGGACGUUGCAAAACAACUUAACAAUUUGGCAUUGCUUUGCCAAAAUCAAACAAAAUAUGAAGAGGUAGAAUUGUACUACCAGCGAGCCUUGGAAAUAUACGAAAUGAAACUUGGUCCAGAUGAUCCGAAUGUUGCCAAAACUAAGAAUAAUUUGGCAAGCUGCUACUUGAAGCAGGGAAAAUACAAGGAAGCUGAAAUCUUGUACAAGCAAGUAUUGACGCGGGCACACGAGAGAGAAUUUGGUGCUAUCAAUGGCGAAAACAAACCAAUUUGGCAAGUGGCAGAAGAGAGGGAAGAAAAUAAAUCAAAAAACCGUGAGAAUACACCCUACGGUGAAUACGGUGGUUGGCAUAAGGCUGCCAAGGUAGAUUCUCCAACCGUUACCACAACGUUGAAGAAUUUGGGAGCCUUGUACAGAAGACAAGGCAAAUACGAAGCUGCUGAUACAUUGGAGGACUGCGCCUUGCGAAGCAAGAAGGAAGCACUGGACUUAGUAAAACAAACGAAAGUGGCGAAAAUACUGGGAGUGGCUGAUGAGAAUAGACGUUCCAAAAUGAGGGACAAUGACAAUUGUGAUGAAGAAGCCCGGCGAAAUCUAAAGUGAAAUAUUUAUUUUUUGUUUGUUUUGCACGUAAGAACUAUUUAAUAAUUAAAGCUAUAAUACUAAAUACCCAACUAUUUGAUAGACAAGCAACAGCAACAAGCAACUUUUCUUGACACCGGCAUAAAAUAAAACACUUCACAAAAUGGUUCCAGCAGUAUAAAUUUCAUUAGUUUUAAAUUUACCAUUGCUACAACAAUAACAAAUGUAUCGCUAAAUAUGCCGUUCAAAUAUAUGCGACUCGCAGCAGGAUAACAGCUUAUUCAAUUCAUUUUG